GGAAACUCAGUGUUGUGGCAGUUGCAUCCACAAGAAUUUUCAUUUUGGAAACCAUUUUUUUAUUUAUUGUCCCACUGAAGCGAGCCCUGUCCGUGUGCAGGCAGCCCCCUCAACCUCUCAGUUUGGUUUGCUGAGUAAAGCUCCUUCCACCUCACUAAGGAAGUAUUGUCCUGGCUGAUGGGAGGGGGGACAGUCCAUUUAUAGGACUGGUCCUCUGGGAGCUGGAGGACAUUUAAAUAGCAAGACUGAUAAGAACUUUGAUCCCUUGGAGCCAUCGGUGUAGCCAGCUGGGGGAACGCUGCCAUGCCAAAGGCAGGCAUGGAGAGUGUAGAGCUCUUCUCUUCGGAAGGCAAAGGCAGGGGCCUGAAGGCUGUGAAGGAGCACUGCGCCGGAGACGUCAUCUUUGCAGAACGGGCCUAUGCUGCUGUAGUAUUCGACAGUCUCACUCACCUCGUCUGUCACACCUGCUUUAAGCGGCAUGAGAAGCUUCACCGUUGUGGCCAUUGCAAGUUUGCCCAUUACUGUGAUCGGACCUGCCAGAAGAAUGCCUGGGUGAACCACAAGGGCGAGUGCUCUGCUAUCAAGAAGCGUGGCAAGGCACCCAAUGAAAACAUCCGGCUGGCUGCUCAAAUCAUGUGGAGAGUCGAGAGGGAAGGAGGAGGGUUGGCAGACGGGAGUUUCGUCUCCAUCGAUGAGCUGCAAAACCACGUGGAGCAUUUUGGGGAGGAGGAGAAGAAGGAGCUGUGGGUGGACGUGGAGAGCUUCCUGGAGUUCUGGCCACCAGACAGCAAGCAGUUUGGCAUGCAAUACAUUUCUCACAUACUGGGUGUGAUAAACUGCAACGGGUUCACCUUGAGUGACCAGAGGGGGCUGCAGGCCGUGGGUGUCGGCGUCUUCCCCAACCUCUGCCUGGUCAACCAUGACUGCUGGCCCAACUGUUCCGUCAUCUUUAACAACGGCAAUCAUGAGGCUGUGAGAUCCUUGUUCCACACCCAGAUGAGGAUAGAACUACGUGCCCUGGGAAAGAUCUCCGCGGGGCAAGAACUGACGGUUUCCUAUAUCGAUUUCCUCAAUGUCAGCGAAGACAGGCAGCAGCAGCUGAAGAAGCAGUAUUAUUUCGACUGCACUUGCCAGCACUGCCAGCAAAGGAUCAAAGACGACCUGAUGUUAGCGGUGAAAGAGGGCGCGGAGAAGCCUUCCCAGGAUAAAGUGAAAGACAUUAUCCAGUUCUCCAAGGACACCCUGGAAAAGAUUGAUAAAGCUCGGUCUGAUGGGAUUUACCAUGAAGUUGUGAAGCUGUGUCGAGAUUGCUUGGCGAAGCAGGAGCCCGUUCUGGGAGACACAAACAUUUACCUGCUUCGGAUCCUCAGCAUCUUGUCUGAAGUGCUCUCUUACCUCCAGCUCUUUAACGAAGCGGCUGGCUACUCCAAGCGUAUGGUGGAUGGUUACAUGAAACUUUAUCACAACAAUAAUGCACAGCUAGGGAUGGCCCUGAUGAGGACAGGAGUGACACACUGGCACGCUGGCCUCAUUGAAGUGGGGCAUGAGAUGCUCUGCAAAGCCUAUGCGAUUCUCCUGGUGACACACGGCCCCACCCACCCGAUCACCAAAGAUCUGGAGGCCAUGCGUGUACAGUCGGAGAUGGAACUGCGCAUGUUCCAGCAGAAUGAAUUUAUGUAUUACAAAAUGAGAGAAGCAGCUUUGCAGAAUCAAAAAAUCCAGGUCAUGCCCGAGCCCACCAAUGAGGUGUCACACGGCAUCUUCCAAAAGAAGGAGUAACAAGCGCCUUUGCUGGUCUCCUCCCAUUCUUGCAGCUGGUGCAACAUCAGCCCUUUCCGUCUCAGAACAGGCAGAAAGUGGCACGGCACGGCAAGCAGCCGCUGGCUCUGAAGAUCUGCCCCUUGGUGUCCCCCCCUCUAUGCGCUCACGUUGACUUAGAAGCAUUUCACAGAAUAUGCCAAAUGUUGUAUGUCAUUAAUAAUGAUAAUAAACAACACACAGCGUGAACAUUUA